GCAAAGUGAACGAUGCUGGGAUGUACAGACAGCACUGCCAGGCUCUGAUCCGUUAUGUCUACUUCCCACCCUGCACGUUGCAUUCCCAAAAUGAGGUGACAGGCGAGAAGAAAAUAGGUAGAGGAGGACUAAAACGCUUGCUGCGUUUAGCAAUAACCGGGGUCUGCAAAUCGCCCUUGUCCUCAGAGCGUAACUAUAAAGACACCGGGGCCAAGCCGAAAGGAGGCGGAGUAGCUUUGUCCAGAGCUCACUUUGAAAAACAGCCACCCUCCAACUUGAGGAAAUCCAAUUUCUUUCACUUUGUUCUGGCUCUCUACGACAGACAGGGGCAGCCCGUGGAAAUAGAGAGGACAGCUUUUGUGGACUUUGUAGAAAAUGAUAAAGAGCAAGGCAAUGAAAAGACGAACAAUGGCACACAUUACAAACUCCAGCUCCUUUACAGCAACGGUGUCAGGACUGAACAGGAUCUGUACGUCAGACUCAUCGAUUCAGUCACUAAGCAGCCCAUAACCUAUGAAGGACAGAACAAGAAUCCCGAAAUGUGCAGAGUGUUGCUGACCCAUGAAGUCAUGUGCAGUCGGUGCUGUGAGAAGAAGAGUUGCGGCAACAGAAAUGAGACUCCGUCUGACCCUGUGAUCAUUGACAGGUAG